UCAACGCCAAUCCAAAUUAAUUGCCUGCUUCACAACUUGCAUCCAAUACCGAUCCUCUUAUUAUAUAUCUUUAAAGAAAAUCAAGAAUGAGAAGCAAACCAAACAAGCUUAGCAAGCUCGUCCAAAUUACAAAAGCACCCAUCAGGAUACUAUGCAAGGCAAGAGAUUUUUAUGUGAAGGGCAUACUAGGUUUUGCUAAUAGUGGUAACGUUGGCUGUGGAAGCAUAGGCGGCGGUGCCACUGACUUGCCGAAGAGUUACAGUGUUAAUUCUUUGAGGGAUGUGGAUGAUGAGGAGUUCAAGAAACUUCUGAGACUGUUGUCUGAGAAGGGUACUGAAACGGAGUCAUAUAUGCAAAGUUCCGAGCAAGGGGAUUGGAGAUCAUGCAGCAGGAAGGCUAGUGCGAUGAGAAGGAAUUACAGUGUAGGGGUCGGAAAGAUUGGGAGAAUUGACGAGGGCAGAGCUUGUUCAUUUAGAGAAGAAGAGGACGAUGUUAAUGGAAAUUCGUAUAGUAGAAGCAGAAGUCAUGCAGUUAGAAGGAACGUCGUGUAUUAUUAGAGAAAAAAUUAGGCAUACUAGAUUUUUUAAAAUGUCCUUGAGUUGAUUUAAUUGAAGAUGUAAAAUUUAGAAUAUGCAUGUUGCAAAUGAUUCUCGUGUGCUGUGUAAUUACUCAUGCUGCCUGGAACUUUGUUCAGGCCAAUUAUAAAAUCAGGAACGAUUAGAUGCAGGAUUCCUGAAGCCAGUUGGAUACAAGUUCUUAAUGUUUGCAUUAGUUCUAGGCAAGCCAUUUCAGCGUUUUCAGAAGACUUGCUCUGGCAGGCAGCUACUAUGUACUUCAUAAGAUUGUAAUAUAACAUAUUGAGUUGACAUCAAUAAUUUGGUGGUUUAGCAA